GUGAGUGGAGAGGAAGAGACUGAAACAGAAGGCUAAUCGGGAGAACGGGGAGGAGAAGGCUGAAGAGAGAGGAGAGAUGGGAGGAGAGAGGGAGAGAAGGAAUCAGAGAGAGAGGGUCACAGAAUGACCGUGGAGGAUGGGGCUUCUUUAUUGCAGAUAUUUCUGGGAUUGGAGACUGUUUGCUAGUGGGGAGGCUCCAGCUCCGGCAGACAGUUGGGGAGCGGCAAAGUAAAAUGGACAGUGACAGACGUUCCAGCUUCCUCUCUGCCGCCCGGAGAGCCAGAGCUGCUUUCAGGCCAACUCCAGUUUUCCAGCUGGAGCCGCUGAGCGCGCUGGACUGCUCGAGCCCUGGAAGCUCCUAAAAUCUGCUGCUUCGAGAUACCUUCGCCAGAGAAGUAAGAACUUCCUGCGUGAGUCCCUGCAUCCCUCCCCCUGAAACUUCCCUGGAGAGGGGCGGAAGACCCUAAGAGGAGGGGCGAGAGGGAUCCUCGCGCAGCUUUUCCUUCCCUCCCCCUUCCCUCGCCAGGCGCGCAGGCAUGGAUGUGCUCAGCCCUGGCCAGGGAAACAACACUACAGCGUCCCAGGGUCCCCCUGGGACAGGUGGCAACGCUACUGGCAUCUCCGACGUGACCUUCAGCUACCAGGUAAUCACUUCUCUGCUGCUGGGGACGCUGAUCUUCUGCGCGGUGCUGGGCAAUGCGUGCGUGGUGGCGGCUAUCGCCCUGGAGCGCUCCCUGCAGAACGUGGCCAACUAUCUCAUCGGCUCGUUGGCGGUCACUGACCUCAUGGUGUCAGUGCUGGUGUUGCCCAUGGCCGCGCUGUACCAGGUGCUCAACAAGUGGACUCUGGGCCAAGUCACCUGCGACCUGUUUAUCGCCCUCGACGUGCUGUGCUGCACCUCGUCCAUCCUGCACCUGUGCGCCAUCGCGCUGGACAGGUACUGGGCCAUCACCGACCCCAUCGACUACGUGAACAAGAGGACGCCCCGGCGCGCCGCUGCGCUCAUCUCACUCACUUGGCUCAUUGGCUUUCUCAUCUCCAUCCCGCCCAUGCUGGGCUGGCGCACCCCGGAAGACCGCUCGGACCCCGACGCGUGCACCAUCAGCAAAGACCACGGCUACACCAUCUACUCCACCUUCGGAGCGUUCUAUAUCCCGCUGCUACUCAUGCUGGUUCUCUACGGGCGCAUAUUCCGAGCUGCGCGCUUCCGCAUCCGCAAGACUGUCAAAAAGGUGGAGAAGACCACAGCCGACCCCCGCCUAGGAGCGUCGCAGGCCCAGCAGCCCACCAGGAGCCUGAAUGGAGAGCCGGGCUCCGGGGACUGGAGGCUGGGCGUGGAGAACACGGCUGGGGGUGCUCCGUGCGCCAACGGCGCGGUAAGGCAAGGCGACGAUGGCGCCGCCCUGGAGGUGAUCGAGGUGCACCGGGUGGGCAACUCCAAAGAGCACCUCCCGCUGCCCAGCGAGGCGGGUGCUGCCCCGUGUGCGCCCUCCUCCUUCGAGAGGAAGAAUGAGCGCAACGCGGAGGCGAAGCGCAAGAUGGCCCUGGCUCGCGAGAGAAAGACGGUGAAGACGCUGGGCAUCAUCAUGGGGACCUUCAUCCUCUGCUGGCUGCCCUUCUUCAUCGUGGCCCUGGUCCUGCCCUUCUGCGAAAGCAGCUGCCACAUGCCCGCCCUGCUGGGCGCCAUAAUCAACUGGCUGGGCUACUCCAACUCUCUGCUCAACCCCGUCAUCUAUGCGUACUUCAACAAGGACUUUCAAAACGCGUUUAAAAAGAUUAUUAAGUGUAAGUUCUGCCGCCGAUGAUGAUGGAGCCCGCGAGCGGGGGCUGCAGGACUUGCCCGCGCCCCACGCACUCUGCCUCCCUCAGCCGUCUGGAUCGACACCGAAGAUAACUUGCUACUUUUCCUCCGACUUUCUCAGCCGUGGGUCGCGGCUCCCAGACCUUGUCUCCUCCCAACCCUCUGUGCCAGGUGUUGGCGCUCUGUGGAAAGAAGCCCCUGCAGUGGGGCAGGAGGACCCGGAGAACUGCCGGGGUCUGUGAGAAGCGACAGGGGCUCAGACUUUUGGCUUAGCGUCAGUUUUGAUCUCAACAACUGAAAACUUAAGGCUCAGCCCUUCAAGGCAGAAAAUCCAAACAGAAAAAUAAACUGUACACAUAGCCGCCGCGCCGGCUGCGGGCUUCCGCCUGACCGCCACACUCCUAGAGUUAGAACUUAAGAUUCAGGACUUCGCUCCACCUCUCCCGCCCUGCCCUCUGUUGCUAAAGAUGUUCACUUUUCUCGGGUUUAAACCUUCUCUCGCUUUGUUUCCUCUCUACGCUCGCUGGUCCGGAUGCACUUGUCUGCUGGUUCGGAGACGCGGUAGACUCUGUUUUUCCCGUGCCACGGAUGCCCUAGGAGUCUCUGCCUCCCCGCGCAGACUCUAAAUAAUUCUCUCGUGCACAACCGGUGCUUGCUUUGUUUUCCUGAACUCAAAACAAGUGCCUAGAAGGUAUCUCUUAGAGUGGACUCGUAAGCACUAGGCCGGGCCCGUGGGGGAGAGCGAUGAGAGCGCGGACCAUUUUGUGCGUGUCAGCGCUCACCAAAGAAACUGACAGUCGUACAGUGGGGACCACCGACUCCCCUUUGCUGGAGGGUUGGCUCUUCCUGGAGUCUCCACUUACCUACUGCGGGAGGCGCCCGCCAGCUGCUGUAAGCGCGCUGGGGUUGCGGACAGGUCUGGGGCCGGGCGCCCGCCCCGCGCUCCCAGCGCCGGCCGCGGUUUCCCGCAGGCGGGUUUCUCCACCUGUGCUGGGAUUGCGCUGAAGUGCGGCUGGACAAGUUAAAGUUUGUCAAAACCAACGGCGCUGGAGCCGGAGGAACUCCUGUAACCAGAGGCCCCGAUCCAAGGCUAGGGGUGGCGCUGAGGGGCGGCGAGAGGGAAAGUCAUCCCAGGGCGAAGCUGGCUGGCUCUCCUUGUGAAACCAAAAAGAGCAAUUUUAUCUCUGGGAUGCAGACUUUUCCCUCCUAAAUAGCCCUUUGCCCUUUUUGGAUUAGGGAAUAGCUCUGUUUAGCUCAUCCAGACACUGAACUGGAUUUGUCCUCCGGGACAUCCAGGACACAAAGUUAGCAGAACUUUGUUUUCCAAAUAGGAAUUUGGGGCUUCCAAUCGGACGGGUCCCAAUAGGUUAGUAUUAUCUGUGAUCUCAGAAUCAGAUUACCUUGAACAGCGGGCCCACGGAGGACUAGCGCUCUCCUUGGGGAGUCUCUGAAAGUUUCAUAAGGGAUUGUUUGCUUCCUGGCCUGACUAUUGAUUUACACCGGGAGUCAAGGGAAACCGCCCUCUGAAUUUGUGGAGCAUGCCAAGAAUUCCUUCCCUUAAAGUUAUUCUUUCAGCCUUGCAGCUCCUGUUGAGAAACCGAUUAUAAUUUUUGCUGCCCCCAGAAAAGGAAGUUAUUUCGGUGCUCCCUUUGAAUGUAACUUUCCAAUUACAGGAUAGGGAUUGAAAGUUUGGUACAGUUAGAGCUAGCCUCUAAUUUUCCUGAUGAAGAACCUUUCUGUUUUGCAGUAAUCACACACGGUUAUUGGUACUUAAUCCCCUUUCCCUUCCACUGUACCUUUUAAUUGUUUGCAGCUGCUGUUUUGAGAACUGUGUUGAAUUUACAGAUUGCAAAAGUUGUCAGUGAAAAAGUUCGUUUGUAUUUAUAAUUAAGAAGGUGAAAGGACAGCUCCAUUACUUGAAGAAUUUUAUUGUUUGUCAGAUUGAACAAACCCUCCAUUUGGUGUCUCUUUCUCUGGAAGUAGACACCACCUCUCAUUUAAAUAGACAAAGGUUAAGAACUUUGAGAAUAGCUUGUCUAUGCACAUGUAACACCCAGAGGAGUCUGCAGUGGAGACUUCUCCAGUACAAUUAUUUUUUGAAAAUUCAGUUUCUUUUUUGUUCACAAUAGUCCAGAUAGAGCUAUGUGAGAAAACAAACUUUUUGGUAUGUUUUGCUGAAAUUUUAGAACAAAUUCUAUAUUUAGAAUAAUUCAAACACUAAAUUUGCUCAACUGAAUUAUGCCUUGGCCAGCAAGUUAGAAGUUCUGAGUCUUCUAUUAGUUUGUCUCUUUUGCAGAAUUAUAUGACAAUGAUUUUUGGACAUUUGUUCUUCCUACUUUGGAAGAUUUAUACAAGAAUGGAGAAGUAGCAGCCAGUUAACCUACAAUUGUCAAAGCAAUAGAGAAAAUAGAGAAAUAAAAGAGUUGCAUAGUUCUAAAGAGCCCUUGAUGCCUUUUAUUUCCUAUCAAAGUAUUUGGAUUAAGGUAAAAUAUUUAUGCAUCAGAACUGGCCUUCAUUUUUCCCUGUGACAAUAAAGGACAUUACAAUAAUAAUGCUACAAUAAA